CUGCAACCUAUUAAAUCAAUUAAUUUCAAUUUAUGCAAAUUAACAAAAUAUAAAGUUUUACACGCUAGAAGGUAUUUUUGUUAUUUGAGAUUAUCAUUGUAAAAUGACGAAGGAUUAAAAGAAUCAAUAAGAAACUGGUACAGAGUGACACAAAUCAUAUAGGUUGGUAAGCAUAUACAUAGAUACUUCCUUUUCAAAAGCUAUAUUGUGAACUAUAACUGGUUAAUAGGAGAUACUUUGUUGAUAUGUACAUAGAAAACAAUAUGGAUGUUCUUGGCAAUGGAAAAAGGCAAUUACAAUCAUGGAGUACAGAUAAUGUAUCAAUAUCAUGCAUCGAACCGUCUAUCUUACGUCGAAUUGAUAAUUGUACCGGUACAAACAAUUUAAUGCCUUGGCGUCCUAAGAUAGGAUACGAAAGUACUAAAGUUACACCUUUGAUCAGAAGAUCAACAUCACAGCAUUGUAUGUUGGAUACUGCAAAUACUAUAAAUUCGUUAAAAUUGCCAAACUUGGUAACCGGGUAUCAACAUGGUUCUGGACAUAUUUGGAAAAAUGCCCUUUAUACACGUUAUACACCUAAUGAUUGGUUUCAAAAACAGGUGAAAUAUUAUAACGAAGCGGAUUCAUGUAGACAAUUUUCUGAAAGAGUAAGAAAUGAUGCCUUACGAAUUAUUAGAGAUGCAGAUGAGAAAGUGCAACAUGGACAGUACGAUACUGGUAGAAGACUUGGCGAAAGAAUAAAUGAUGUCAAUUUUUGGAGAAAUGAAAUAGCAUCAGAAUUAGAAAGAUUAUUUCAAGAAAUUGAAAGACUCCAAGAUUGUCGUUCUAUUUUAGAAAAGGCUGUUCAAGAUAUAGAGGGUCCGUUGCGCAUUGCAGAGGAAUGCCUUUAUUAUAGAGAAGCUAGGAAAGAUACCGAACUUGUGCACGACGACACAGAAAAGUGCUUAUUUAAAGAAAUAGAGAUCUUAGAAGAAGAUAGAAAAAUGUUGGAAAGUUGCAUAGAGAAAUGCAAAAAUCAGCUACGAGAUUGUAGAGCAUGUCAAUGUCAAUUAGAAUUAGAUUUAAAGAACAAAAAAAAUGCAUUAGAAAUAGAUACAUUGUGUCAUCAAUUGAAUAACUAUAGUCAUGGAUUGGAAUAUUGUUCAGGAAUUGAAAAAUUCGAUCUAUGCGGGUCAGAACAAAAUACAUGGAUGGAUGCUGCAAAUCAAAUAGUUGAAAAAUCCCAGAUAGAAAGAAAUAAAUCUUGUCAAUUAAGGGCAAAUGCAGAACUUGUUAUGAAUAAAAUUGCACAAGAAAUGUGGAAUGCCUGGAGCAAUACAAACAAUGCUUUGUCACAUAGGUGUUCAGAGUUACUUGAAGCUAAAAAUAAACUUCAACAGCAUUUACAAAAGAUACAACAGGAAAUUUUUGAUGUUGAAAAAAAUUUGGAAUUAACACGUAAAGCUAUUGCAGAUAAACAAUAUAUACUAAAAGUAGCACAUACUAGAUUAGAAGUUAGAAUGCAUCGUCCAGAUAUAGAACUUUGCCGUGAUUAUGCUCACACGAGCCUGCAGAAGGAAAUUGGGGAAAUAAACCAUCAAGUAGAAAGAAUGCACAGAGCAUUAAAAGAAUUGGAGAAACAGCAUCAGAAAUUAUUAAGAACGCGAACAACAUUAGAACACGACCUAGCAUUAAAAAUCGACGCGAUGUACAUCGAUCGAGAGAAGGUUUCUGGUUUUAGACGAGCUUAUCCGAUAAAUGUUCUAUUCAAAUUUUAAUGCUUAUGUACAAGAUCUUCAACAAAUUCUGGAUCAAUAUAGAAGAACACUGGCAUGUCAACCUUAAUAACAAAUAUUAUUAUAAUUUGUUGUACUUGAAAGAAAAAGGUUGAUACAAUUAUUCUUAA